AUGGAUCGAUUUACCCGGACCAGAGAGCACUAUCUACGAGGCACGCAUCGAGAUUGCCCAUCCGAAACGCCCUCAGCACCUUCAGUGGCGGAUCUCGCCUUCGAUUUCGACUUCUUGGACUCGAAACUUGACUUGAGCUUUGAUGUUGGAAGCCCUGUUGUCCGGGAUGAUUCGAAGACGAGUUCACUGUCUCCGAGUGACACCAACGAGGGUAUAGGUAUGGCUCUUUCAGAUGGAUUGCCCUAUCAACGUCGAGAGCAUCUUGAUCAUCUUGCCACAAGGGAGGACGGACACAAUUGUGGACAGCGACAGAACGAGUGUAUCUCGUCUGGUCCCAUAGACCCGAAUGAAACGCGUAUCAAGUUCUCUGGUCGGUGCGAGCGACCGGCCAAAAAUCUCCCGCCUUGCUCCAUCUACUCGAGGGAGUGGAGGAAGCGGGUUAGACUAACUGCAGCGCCGCGAGAGGAAACUUCUGACCACGUCUCAGCAGAACAUGCAAACCCCUCCUUGAAAGAGACCUCCAGUGAUACGACCAGACCCGCACCGCCGCAACAGGUUAACUGGGAUGACACAGAUCAAGAAUCGGUACCAGUACCAGCGCCGGGUCCUAAGGACGUCCACAAGACAAACGAAGGAUGGCCGUUUCCAGCUAAUACUUCUCUUCCGGCGGACGGCAAGAAGCACAGAAAGCUUUUUCCUCUACUCAGAAAGUGGCUUUUGCGGCCCAAGAAGCAUUCGGACAAGAAAGCCACUCUCUCCAGCGCCGACGCGGGAGUCGAAAAGGUGCCUUUAGACACAAAUACUUCUUGUGCGACCUCUUUGCACGACACUCCAAAUCCGCAACCAUUUCCACGGAUCGGUAACGCUCUUCGCAAGCGAGUAGCGCAGAAGCAGGCCGAAGCUCAAGAUCAAAUUUCUCUACCGCGCCGCCGAACAGGAUCGCUCCGUGGAGGAGAUGCGGCGCGGACCGCCAUGAAUCCUCAGGUAGUAUCGCUGUUCACAAUAAUUUCGUCAUGUUUACUGAGGACGAAGAAUGCCUUGAUAACAUACAACCUCCUCAUUUGUUCCCAAAUUGGCCAGUCCGUUGUCAGCCUCGUCACCCUAGAUUCCCCCGAGAUCAACCUCAAAACCGGAACCAGCAUGGGACUGACGGCUUUCGGCCACCUACACAAACGCGUCCAGACAAUUCGCAGACGAGCACUCAGGUACAACGGAGACCUGACCACGGCACGCCAAGGCAUGAAAAUGACAGAAGAGGACCGAGACCAGGGCGACAAAUACGGGGUUCGGUUAUCCAAAGCGCUGGACGUCGCCCACAGAAACCAGGUCACGAAGCCUCCCACCCAACUCCCCCGUGCCAGGCAGAUUAUGCCACUCCUCGAGAACUGUCUGAAGAGUGCAUCCGCUCGCCGACGUCACCCUCUCAUAGCCCAAGACCUGCACAUACAUCGAUCCCACCAAAUCAUCCUUGCUCUCUUCGCAGUGCCACCUCAGGACCACCUACGGAACGCAUCAAAGGAUCAGAGACGGUAG